UGGAGGAGACAGAUAAGAAAAGUUCAAAACAGACAUUUGGAAACAUGGAUUCUACUGCCGGAGUCGAAAGGUUGAAAAGGGAUAUUCCCCCAGCUCAUUUCAUAUUUAUGAUACGUUCUUUUUCUUUACUCGAUGAAACAGGAAAUGAGAAACAUGAAUCCGGAGUUUUCCAGGCUUGUGAUAAAAAAUGGAAGCUAUGUGUUUAUCCCAAGGGAAAGAAGAAGCAGGCAGAUGGAGAUGGAGAUGGUCAUAUCUCCCUCUACCUAGAAAUUGUUGACACUAAUGAUUAUCCCCGUGGAUGGGAAGUUCACGUUAAGUUUAGUCUUUUUGUGUACGAUUAUGUUCAGGAUAAAUAUUUGACAGUACAAGAUGCUGGAGGAAAAGUGAGGCGGUUUCACUAUAUGAAAACUCAAUGGGGCUUCGAUCAGCUACUUUCUUUGUCUACUUUCAAGGAUCCCUCUAAUGGAUAUCUAGUUGAUGACACAUGUGCAUUUGGAGCUGAGAUUCUUGUCGUUUCUGAUGCUGCUACAAAACGCCGCGAAUGUCUUUCAAUGGUAAAAGAUCCAACAAGCAAAACUUACACAUGGAGAAUAAACGACUUCACAUCAAAAAAGAACCAGAAUAUCAUAUAUUCUGAUGAGUUCACCAUUGAAGGAAGCAAAUGGUACCUACCCUACGUAAUUUUCACCAAUUACUCACUAUGCAAACUUUAACACAAAAAUAUAUGCCUUUCUUAAAAUUUUUCAAGUUUACACAUUUAGUUAUUACAAAAUGCAUAUUUAGUACUCCCUCCGUCCCUAAUUGUUUGUCUCAUUUACUUUUUGCACGGUUUUUAAUACAACAUAACAAAUGAUACUAAUUUUUCAAUUUUGCCCUUCAAAAGUAGGUAUAAUUUGUACAAAGUACAAUUGUACUUGUCUCAUUAAUGGUCUAAAAAGUUAGAAAAGUCAAAAGGGUAAAUUGGGAAAUGUAAAAUGAUAGUUAUGUUCAAUUUUAGAAAGAGGACACUAUUUUGGGACAAACUAAAAAGGAAAGUAAGACAGGUAAAAUGGGACGGAAGGAGUAUUAAAAGAAUGCACUUGCAAAAAUGUGAAAGUGCAUUUCACUUAGGGCUGUCAAAACAGGUCAGCCCGCCCUGCCGCGGGCCUAAUUUUUGGCGGGCUUGACGAGCCAGGCCCGCAGGCUAGGAUUCAGGCACCCCUAACCCGCCCC